AUGAUGUUGCGCGCGGUUGUGCCCGAUCGCUUGGACCGCGUCGCGCAACCGACGGACAAUGGCGGCAGCGAGGAAGCGGUGAAGGACGCAAGCCCGACGAAGCCGGUGGUGCCGCUGCUCAACAUCUCGGCCGGCGGCCGUGUCCACGAGAUCCAGACGUUCGCGCACUACGUCGCGACGCAAAUCGGUUUCGAAGAUCUGAACGAGUGCCCGCACCUCUGCACGCUGUCUUACGAUUACCUGAAGAAGACCGAGGGCUACGAGCAGAAUCUGCUGGCCUUCUUCCACAACAAGAUGAACCCGGACGCCCUUCUCGUGCAGCUCAUCGAGGAGCUGGACAAAUGCAUCCUCGGCUACUUCUCCUUCCACUGGAAAUUUGCAACCCACAUAAUCACGCAGGUUCUGACCCACGAGCAGCCUAGAAGAAAACUCAGAAGAAUGGUAAUGGAGGCCACUAGGAAGAUGAGGUUUGAGAGGGUGACGAGAGAGCUGAAGGUUACCAGGCUGUUCACCACGCUGGUGGAGGAGCUCAAGGUCAUCGGUAUACACUGCCAGCACGACCGCUGCCGGGCGGGCACGGACGUGAUGGUCCCGGCUGCGCACAGCGACCGCAGCCCGGUCCUGCUACUGAUGGGCGGCGGCAUGGGCGCUGGCAAGAGCACCGUGCUCAAGCAAAUCAUGAAGGAGGUGUUCUGGACUGGGGCGGCGGCGAACGCCGUGGUUGUGGAGGCCGACGCGUUCAAGGAGUCGGACGUGAUCUACCAAGCCAUCAGCUCACGGGGCCACCACACCGACAUGCUGCAGACUGCCGAGCUGGUGCACCAGUCGUCGACGGACGCGGCGGCGUCGCUGCUGGUGACGGCGCUGAACGAGGGGCGGGACGUGAUCAUGGACGGCACCCUGUCAUGGGAGCCGUUCGUGCGGCAGACCAUCGCCAUGGCGCGGUCCGUGCACCGGCAGCGGUACCGGAUGGGGGUCGGCUACAGGGUCGCGCCCGACGGGACGACCACGGAGAAGUACUGGGAGCCCGUGGAGGAGGAGGAGGACGGCGAGCAGCAGGGACAGGCUGGAGGGCCCAGCAGGACGAGGAAGCCGUACCGCAUCGAGCUCGUCGGCAUCAUCUGCGACGCCUACCUCGCCGUCGUCAGGGGCAUCAGGCGAGCUAUCAUAUCUGGGAGGGCCGUGCGGGUGCACUCGCAGCUCAAGUCGCACAAGCGCUUCGCCGGCGCGUUCCGCAAGUACUGCGACCUCGUCGACAACGCCAGGCUCUACAGCACCAAUACCAUCGCCGGCGCAAAGCUGAUCGGGUGGAAGGACAAGGACAGCCGGCUCCUGGUGGACGUGGAGGAGAUCGGGCUGCUGGACCGGGUGAGCCGGAUCAACGAGGAGGCCAACUGCGUGCACGAGCUGUACCCGGACGGGCACCCCACGGGCGGCGCCGGCUCGGUGUGGGACGACCUCGUGGCGUCGCCGGUGAGGGCGUCCAUACAGCGGGAGCUCAAGGAGGCCAUCUUCGACAGCGAGGCGUGCUUCCCGUCCCCGUAG